AUGUUCAAUGUUUGGGAUCAAUUCCAGUUCGGUGCUUUUGGAUUUAGGGAUAACGAAGAACUGUUUAACGUUGCUGAUUUAAUCUUAUCCAACACUAAAGAAAAAGAUGCUUUGGCUUAUCAAAAACUUAAGAUAGCAAAUACUAAAAGUACUCUUCCAAAGCCAAUGUACUUCACAUUAACAAUUCUAGAAUUUCUAAUAGAAUUCCGCAGAGAUAAUUUUCUUAGGACUGUUGGCGAAUUUGAAAAUUACAGAGUUGAUAAUGCAAAAAUUUCAAAAAGACGUCCACGCGGUAAUCCAGAGGAAGUAGAAGAUUACAUUUUAAAGCCAUAUGUUCUUUUUGUUUAUGAUUUUAUGAAAACCAAUUAUUGGGCAAAAAUGAGACAAGAAUAUCAACAAAAAACUGACUCAACAAUAUCCAAGUUUAAGGAUUUAUUUACUCCUGAAAAUACAGCACAAUUUUCCUCCAGUACAUUCGGUUUUACAGAAUUAACAAUAAUAGUCUUGCCCCAACUUAUGAAUGAACUCCUCACUAAUGAAAAUCCAUUUGGUCUUAAUUUCGAUUCCAUAAAAGUGAAAUUAUCUGAUUUUCUUACAAAAAUCACGCAAUCGAAUCAAAAUAUAUCGACAAUAAUUAAAUUUUAUGUUAGCCAAAAAGAUCCAGCCGAUCCAUUCGUAGCUCGCUUUAUAGAGUUGAUGCCUUCGAUAAAUGACGUUAAAAUACCAGCUUAUCCUAAUGGAGAUCCAUGGGGACUUACUCCUGUUGGCUACGUCUAUGGAAAACGCCCAACCGAUUUAACUUUGCCAGCUGAUCAAGUUUGCGAAAUUGAACUUCCUGUUGAACAAACUGCAUAA